UGGGGAGCAGCUCGAGGCCGAGUCCGAGGCUGGGAUGGCCUUUCAGGAGAGGACGUGGGAAUUUAUACUAAUAAUCAGUGGCUUUGGGGAGCGUAGGAUGGAGCUGGCCGGCGUUUUAGAGACCAGGAAUGGAGGAGAGCAACCCUCUUUUCCACCCUUAUUUGCUUUCUGGUGGGAUCUCGCGGCAGGUGUCCCUGGGACGGCGUUCUCCUAGGCUAGGCGACCAGGGCGGUGUCAAUGCACCCUCCAGCGGUGCGCGCAGGCGGGAGAAGCGGGAGGACGGCCCAGGGCAAGCGCGACAGUAAAGGCAGUGUCCCUACCACACCCCCACCCAGACCGGCCAAGCCGAGCUGGGUUUUGACGGAAAGCUUUCUCAGAGGAAGAGGAGGUGCGGUUGCACAGGACACUGUAGGGAGCCUGCGGGUGUGGAACUUUGCCAGGCGCACAGGAACGCACGCCCCUCCUGUCUGACAGCCUCCCGGGGCGCCAGGCUCCAGCGGCCCGCAGCCGGACACCUUCAGUUGUGUGGGCCGGACCCAGUCGCUAGGGUACCGGCCAGUCCUGGAAGGCGUAGAAGACGCGGAGCCGGGAGGGUGCGUUCCUAUACGCGAAGGGCCAGCUGGCCGCGCAGUCCCCGGAUCCCAGUUCGCACCCGGCAGGUCCCCACGGCACCUGCUGCGCCUUCCUUGCCGUUCCCCCAACCUCCAGCCUCCCCACCUCUGAAAACUGCCAGUCCUCUCCCACCCCCCGGCGCCCCUUUCCCUGGAACGUGCGGAGGCGGGAGAGGAGGAAGGCAGGAAGGGGGUGGGGAUGGUCCCAGCCUUCUCCGCCCGCCGGCCGCCACCCCCACGCCAACUCGGCAGCCGUCACGUGGUGCCUGGAGUGGGAGGUGGGGAGAAAAGGCGAGACUUUUGUGGGUGCUCCGGAUCGCCAGUAGUUCCUUCAGUCUCAGCCAUCAACUCCGGAGGCGCGGCGCUCGGCCCGGGAGCACGAGCGGGAGGAGCGGAGACCCGCAGCCGGGAGCCCGAGCGCGGGCGAUGCAGGAGCCGCGAGCGGCACCUGCGGCUCCUCUCAGCAAAGACCGUCGGCUUGGCGGCAGCAGCGCGGGCCCCAGCAGCAUCGGCAGCCACAGCCGCUGUGGCCGGGGCAGCCUCCGCUGCGGUCGCCUUCUCUGAUGCACCUGCCCGCUCCCGGCCCCGGGACUCCGAGAGAAUGUGGGUCCUAGGCAUCGCGGCAACUUUUUGCGGAUUGUUCUUGCUUCCAGGCCUUGCGCUGCAAAUCCAGUGCUACCAGUGUGAGGAAUUCCAGCUGAACAACGACUGCUCCUCCCCGGAGUUCAUCGUCAACUGCACGGUGAACGUUCAAGACAUGUGUCAGAAAGAAGUGAUGGAGCAAAGUGCCGGGAUCAUGUAUCGCAAGUCCUGUGCAUCAUCAGCCGCCUGUCUCAUCGCCUCUGCCGGGUACCAGUCCUUCUGCUCCCCAGGGAAACUGAACUCAGUGUGCAUCAGCUGCUGCAACACCCCUCUUUGCAACGGGCCAAGGCCCAAGAAAAGAGGCAGUUCUGCUUCCGCCCUCAGGCCAGGGCUCCCCACCACCAUCCUGCUCCUCAAAUUGGCCCUCUUCUCAGCCCACUGCUGAAGCUGAAGGAGAUGCCACCCGCUCCUGCAUUGUUCUUCCGGCCGUCCUUUUAUUCUGGGUAGGGAGCAGGAGUCCGUGUUCUCUUUUUGUUCCUUUGCAAAUAAUGAAAGAGCUCUGUGUAAAGCAUUUUUGUAAGCUCUAAAUGAAUUCGGGCUGACUGAAUUUUCAGUAUGUACUUGAAGGAAGGAGGUGGAAAGUCCACCCCUACGUCUGUGUAACCAGAGCCAAGGCCAGGCUGGCACAGCCAGCCCUUAGAAGUCACUGAGGUGGGCACU